AUGGCAUCACCCUCAGGCAAUCAUUCCUCCAGCGCCGAUGAUCCGCCUAUUUCGACGACCACUACGCUGCGGUUGCCCCCUUUUUGGCGCCAGAACCCGCCGUCUUGGUUCAGACAAGUCGAGACCCAAUUUCAGCUUCGACAUAUCCAGUCCCAACAGUCAAAGUAUUUUCACGUUUUGGCUGGUCUUCCUCCGGAAGUUGCGGCAGAACUGGACGACGUCCUCGCCGCAGUUCAGCUCGAUCAGCCGUACGACGUUCUGAGGACCGCCAUCUUGGACAGAAUGGAAGUGUCCGCACGCGCUAAACUCGAGCAGCUAUUCUCUGAUGAAGACUUGGGCGACCGUAAGCCAUCGCAGAUGCUCCAUCGCAUGAAACAGCUCCUCGGCGAUUCCGCUACCGAAGCGCAGCAACCCAUCUUGAGAGAGGUGUUCUUUCAAAGACUUACGCAAGCGAUGCGUGUGGUUUUGGCAGGGUCGGAAGAUUUAUCCCUCGACCGACUGGCCACAUUGGCUGACCGGAUUGCGGAUUACUCAGAGCCCCCUAAGCCGUCCAUCAUGGCCGCAGCCACCUCGGAGCAGUCCCCGCGCUUGGACCGCAUUGAGCUCCAGCUUCAACAGCUCACUGAUGCCUUGCAGUCUCUCACGGCUGCCGGCGCCGUAGCCGUUCCGCUCCCCUAUCCCGCCGUCGCUCAUCACCGACUCCUUCUCAAGAACCCCAGGCCGCUAACCGGCUUUUCUGGAAAACCAACGGGCCGAUCAGUGAUGGCGGCAGGCGAUCCCGGCCCCACUCCCAGCCGCCUCUUCACUAUACGCGACCGCAUCGCAGGCUACCGUCUUGUGGUCUACACUGGCGCUGAGUUCAGCGUAAUUCCAGCGUCUGCUGCUGAUCGUCGCCGUUCCCACUCCGGCUCAAACCUUCAAGCCGCAAACGGCACAGCGAUCAAGACAUAUGGGCUACGCUCCUUAACGCUCGACCUUGAACUGAGGCGAACUUUCCGCUGGGUGUUCGUUAUCGCCGACGUCACGCAACCCAAACUAGGCGCCGAUUUCUUGGCAUUCUUCAACCUUGCCGUUAAUGUCCGCCAUCGUCGCUUAUGUGACAGCACCACUACGCUUAAGGUAACAGGUGCCUCGUCUCCGCAAGCUCCGACCGGUAUCCGCGCGCUUCGUCCUCCUUCGCCAUACGCCGCGCUUCUGGACGAGUUCCCGGACAUUACGAAGCCCUGUAACCUGAAGGCCUAA